CCACCCUUGGGGGCACAACAAAGUUGGCUCCUCCUCCUCCGUCUUCCUCAAGCCUGCAACUUUCAUAGGGCUUCGUUUUCUCUCUGAUCCCCAUCAUCAUUCCAAAUGAUUUCCCACAUCGGGUUCAUUUCAAUCAUCAAUUUUCUUCUCCAAUCUCUUCAAAUUCCCUCCACUUCUCAUUUCUCUUUCUAUCUCCCCUGAUAACUCUCGCCGGCACCGGAUUUACUUACCCAAAGAGGAACUGAACUGGGAAGGAGCGAGAGAAAUACUUCUGUUCCGUGCAUUUUCAUUUCAGAUGGGAAUGUCCGAACGAUGAGCAGAGCCGAGGACGAAGAACAAGAAGAGGAACGUUUCUACGAAUCACUUGAUCGUAUCCUUUCUUCAACUUGUUCAUCUUCUUGUACUUCAUCAUCUGCUGAAGAAGAGGACGUUAGAGAUUCUAAUUCAAGCCCAGUUUCCCAUAAUUAUGCUCCUGAUUUCCCGUUGCCAAUCCCUAGAUUUCCGAUGGGUGUUUCAAAUAACUACGAUGUAUGGAUCUCUGAACCUUCCUCCAUAGAAGAACGCCGGCUACGACUCCUCCACCACUUGGGUCUUAGCCACGACCCUCUUUUAUCUCGUCGGAGUUCAUCUCUUUCCUCGGCAUCCGGCGGCAGCUGUCUCGGAGAUUUUGGUAGAUCGGUGUCUUCGGAUCAGUUAAGUAAUAGUCGACAAAAUGGCGUGGUUUCUUGCAGCUAUUCCAACUCCUUUAUUGUCCGGUCCAAGUCCGACAGCUCGACGGAUCAUCGUUCCUUACACGAUCAUUACAUUCCAAAUUCAUCCCUCGAUUCCCCUCACAUUCCUCUAGUUACUUCAGUUUCACCGUCUUCUAUUGCUACUGGCAGCCAAUUUGUAAAUAAACGCAGCAUUUUACUGAAUAAACCACCUACUGGUAAGGAUGGUAGGAGCGGGGAAGAAAUUCGAAGCCAUUCUAUUAGCUCUAACAUUAAUACCGAUUCUGGUUAUUGUUUUACAGUUGAAAAGGGUAGUAAUGGAGAGUUAGAUCGGGAUGAUGAAUGUCGAAUUAAGGAUCUCGACAAUGGGAAGGAAUUUGUUGUAAAUGAGUUUCGAGAAGAUGGUAUGUGGGAUAAUUUGAAGGAAGUUGGCACUGGAAGACAGCUAACAAUGGAGGAAUUUGAGAUGUCUGUUGGGCAUUCACCUAUUGUGCAAGAACUGAUGAGAAGGCAGAAUGUGGAGAAUCUGAAUAAAGAUGAUGAUAUGAUUGAUCACAACUGUGAGAAUGGAAGUUCAGAUAUUGGUUUAAGAUCGAGGAAGAAAGGAGGACAUUGGUUAAAGAGCAUAAGGCAUGUGGCAAGUGCUAUUAGAAGAAACAGCGAUGAACGAGAUACCUCAUCGGAGAAAGGUGGUAGAAGGUCAAGCUCUGCAACCGACGAUAGUCAAGAUUGUUCAUUUCAUGGUCCUGAAAGAGUCCGUGUUCGACAGUAUGGGAAAUCAUGCAAAGAGCUUAAUGGCUUGUACAAGAACCAGGAGAUACAAGCUCAUACUGGUUCCAUUUGGACAAUCAAAUUUAGCUUGGAUGGGAAGUACCUCGCCAGUGCAGGAGAGGAUUGCAUCAUUCAUGUGUGGCAGGUAGUUAAAACCGAGAGGAAAGGAAGUCUGUUGAUGGAAAAUUUUGAAGAUGGGAAUCUUAACUUAUUGCUUGUUGCCAGUGGGUCACCAGAACCAACAACUGUAAUGUCUCCAAAAAUCGAAGGAAAUAAGAAGAAGAAGAGAAGGGGGAGGUUAUCCAUCAGUCAGAAAUCCAUUAAUCUCGACCCUAUUCUUGUGCCAGAGACGAUAUUUGGAUUAUCAGAUAAGCCUAUUUUUUCGUUCAAAGGCCAUUUGGAUGACGUGCUUGACCUGUCAUGGUCCAAGUCUAAGCAAUUGCUCUCAUCUUCAAUGGACAAAACUGUUAGACUUUGGGAUUUGUACAGCAAGUCAUGCUUGAAGAUCUUCUCACACAGUGAUUAUGUGACGUGCAUCCAGUUUAACCCUGUUGACGAGAAUUAUUUCAUAAGCGGGUCCUUGGAUGCUAAAGUCCGGAUAUGGAGUGUCCCUGAUCGCCGAGUUGUUGAUUGGAGCGAUCUGCACGAAAUGGUUACUGCUGCUUGUUAUACGCCAGAUGGACAGGGUGCAUUGGUUGGUUCCUACAAAGGUAGUUGUCGUCUAUAUAACACCUCAGAUAACAAAUUGCAACAAAAAACUCAAAUCAAUCUGCAGAAUAAGAAAAAGAAAUCUCAUCACAAGAAAAUCACAGGUUUUCAGUUUGUACCGGGAAGCUCCUCAGAAGUCCUCGUCACAUCUUCUGACUCGCGAAUACGUGUCAUUGAUGGUGUUGAUUUUGUUCACAAGUUCAAAGGGUUCCGCAACACAAACAGCCAAAUGUCAGCUUCCCUAACAGCAAGUGGGAAGUAUGUAGUUUGUGCAAGCGAGGACUCUAAUGUGUAUAUCUGGAAACAAGAAGAGGAUCAGUCUCGACCCACUCAUCGAAACAAAGGAAUCACUGUUGCAAGAGCUUACGAGCAUUUCCAUUGUCAAGAUGUCUCGGUUGCCCUUCCCUGGCCAGGGAUGUCUGAUUCGUGGACAUUGGAGGACACUUGUUCCAUACAACAUAAUAAUAAUAGUAAUAGUCAUCAUUUCGAUGAUAUGUCUGCAGCUAAUCAUCAUCCUCCCACCCCAGUCGAUGGGUGCACUAGCAGUCUAGUCAAUGGAAUCAUCUCAAAUGCUUCAAACGGUUACUUCUUCGAUAGAAUAUCCGCAACAUGGCCAGAGGAAAAGCUUUACAAAAAUAGGCAUAGCCCGCGAGUCAGCAUGGAUUUCUCCAAUGGAUUCACCCAAAACAACAAGUCUGCCUGGGGAAUGGUAAUUGUAACUGCUGGUCUUCGCGGCGAAAUCAGAACUUAUCAAAAUUUCGGAUUGCCAUUUGGGAUAUAGUGAUGAACAUCUUCUAAGGUGGUGUUUCCACUGAAAGAAGAAGAAAAAAACAAAUGUUGGGUUUGUAGAGUUGUUAAUGGUUAGUUUGCAAAUUAGUAGCGAUUCUUUUACUACUACGAUUCUUCUUCGACAAGACAAUGUUGAAUCCGGCAAUCAAUCUUUUGCCAUGAGAUUGUACUAUUUGUAUCCAUUACAAGAAUAUGUAUAGAUGGCCAGCCAGCCUGCCCCAGAGUUUGUUUAAUUACAUAUAUAUAUUUAUUUUUUAACCUCAGUAAUUAGUAGGAAUAUGUUCUUGAAUUGUAAUAAUCCAAGUUAAAAGAAACUGUUUAGCAUAAAAGUAUAGAGCAUUCAUCUUAAGUUUGAAGAUACCAA